CAUGCGUUUUAGCGUCUGCAUUUACAAAUUUGAGCUUUCACCUGAAUCAGAAACCGAAGUAAAUGCAUUUUUGGCAAGCGAGACGCAAAUUGGAAUGAAUAUGAAGUAAAAACUACUUUUGGGGUUGGAAAGAAAGCCAAUCAAGUCUCCUAACUUAAAGAUGGUCAAAGGUGGACCAGAGUUUAAUAAAAGACUACCCAGAUUUCUGCGACAUGAAGACAUACCAACAGAUACCUUUACACCCAGGACAUACCAGGUGGAGCUGCUUGAUGCGGCAUUACACCGCAACACAAUCAUAUGCCUGGGUAGUAACUCAGGCAAGGCCUUCAUCGCACUCAUGGUCAUCAAGGAGAUGGCCCACCAGAUCAGGAAGGCCUAUGACACCGGGGGGAAGAGAACUGUCUACCUGGUGGUGUCCGACCUUGCGGCCGAGGUUGAGUGGCAGAUCCUCCAGCACCACACUGACCUGACGGUCGGCAAGUACACCUCUGACACCGACCUCGACGACUGGAAACAGGAAGACUGGCUGGCGGAACUCACAGAGAAGCAGAUCCUUGUCAUGGUAGCAGACGUGUUUCACACCGCCCUCGACAAUAACUUCCUACCACUGUCCAGCCUCAAUCUGGUUAUAUUCGAUGACUGCCAUCUUGCAGUCGGGGAUCACCACUAUGUCCAUAUCAUGGAACAUCUAUCCCCUGCAUCGGGAGAAGAGCAGCCGCAGAUUCUUGGUCUGACUGCAGCCAUAUUGGGGAGUCGAUGCAAUGACCCCUAUGAACUGCGGAAUGCAAUCACAUCACUUGAAGCUAUGUUACAUUCCAGAGCUGAAACUUCCAUGCUUGUGAUCUCAGAGAGGUAUGGUUCACGCCCCAAAGAGGUUGUGUACCAGUGUGAACCGACUGAGCCCCUGGACAUCACCAUAGUGCUGAAGAGCAUCCUUGAGAAUGCGCUGUUCUUCCUGUAUGAGUUGCAGUUCACGGAAGAAGAGUGUGGGAAGAAGGAUCCCCGGCACAUUCCCAAGAAUGCUUUGUCAGAAUGUCACAAUAUUCUGCUCCGACUUGGUCCGUGGUGUGCAGCCCGUAUUGCAGAAAUGUUGAUAACUCAAAUUGAAAAAUCAGAAAAACAGGAAAGCAAUCCAAUUCCUAAAAGACUGCUUCGCUUCGCAUCAACUCAGCUUCGAUACAUCACAAAGGUUUUUGAUAAAGACUUCACGCCGGAUUAUGUUGUUGAAGAAUUCCUGGAGUAUACAACACCUAAGGUUGUUCAACUUGUUGACAUUUUACGGAAGUACAAACCAGAUUUAGACUUUAUGAUUAUUAGUAACGAAGAUUCCGGGAUGUCGGAUGAAUCAGAUCUGUCUGAUGACUCCAUGGAUUUGUCCGAUUCAGACGAUGAUGAUGGAAGUCCAAGUUCUCAUUCUAACAAACAAAUUCAUAUUGCAGUCAAACGUAGCAUGGAGGGGUUUGAGGAUAGAGCUGUUAGCUGUUUCCUUGGUCCAGAUGAGAAAAAGUUGAUAGGAAUUGUGUUUGUAGAGCAGAGAUAUGUAGCAUUUGCCUUGAACAAACUUAUAGAGGAGGUGUGUGGUUGGGACGAGAAUCUGUGUUUUAUCAAGAGCAACCACCUGACUGGGCCAGGAUGGAAAGCAGGCAAGCAGAAGAAGGACACAGGGAGGGUGUAUCGUAAGCAGGAGGAGACGCUGCGCAAGUUCCGCAUGCAGGAGCUGAACCUCCUGAUAUCCACCAGUGUCCUUGAGGAAGGAGUGGACAUCCCCAAGUGUAACCUUGUUGUCCGUUUUGAUCCCCCCAAAGACUACAGGUCCUACACGCUUGCCAAGGGUCGGGCGCGAUCGAGGGAUGCUGAGUACAUAAUCCUGGUGGAGAGAGAUAAGAAGAACACCUUCACUGAGGAACUCAAGAUCUUCAAGGGAAUAGAGGAGGUUUUGAUCGGGGAUGGAAGAGGUCGGAAAGAUUUAGCAGAUGAUGGAGAUGAGAUCAAUCCUGAUACAGUUGUCACCAUGCUGCCGCCAUAUUGUCCAACUGACAACCCAGCUGCUCCCAAGGUCACCAUGCAGACGGCCAUUGCCCUGGUCAACAGGUACUGUGCAAAGUUACCCAGUGAUGCCUUCACCCAUCUAACACCUCACUGUUCCGUUGCCGUGGUUCCUGACACGGACGCUCAGAUGUUUGAGGCCUCGCUCAGACUACCAGUGAACUCGUCCAUAAAGCAGGAGAUAAUGGGUGUGGCCAUGCCUUCCAAGAAGCUUGCCAAGAUGGCCGUUGCUUUGAAGAUGUGUGAGAAGUUACAUAAAGCAGGUGAGCUGGAUGACAACUUAAUGCCUGUAGGGAAGGAGAUGUUUGUCUACGAGGAGGAAGAAGAGUGGGAGGAAGAGGAUGUCACUGGACAGGCUCGCCCAGGGACAACCAAGAGAAAGCAGUACUACUACAAAAAAGCAGCGGAUGCAUUUGUUCACAGUCAUGUCCGCCCAGACGAGCCCUGCAACCUGUACUUCAUCAACCUCAAACUAACAGGGCCAAUCACAGACGAGCAGAACACCCGUGGCAGACGCAUAUAUGCACCCGAGGAUACUGCACAGUCCCUGGGUCUACUCUCAUCAAAAGAAAUUCCCCUAGUCCCUCAUUUUCCGGUGUACACACGGUCAGGGGAGGUAACUGUCUCUGUGGAUCUGAUCCAGUCAAAUGUGGUGCUAAGCCAGGAAGACCUGAAGAAGAUAGGGAAAUUCCAUCAGUUUGUGUUCACCAGCGUCCUUCACCUUGAGAAAGACCCCAUGGAGUUUGCUGUUUCUAGUGCAGACGUCGGCUACCUUAUUGUACCACUUGACAAAGACUUGUCCACUGAGAGUGGGCUUGGAAUACAGUGGGAUUUUGUGAACAUUGUCCAAUCCACUGCCAAGCCAGAGAAGAAGAAGAAUGUGUUUGACAAAAAGCGAGGUGCAUUUGAGUUCCGCCAGGAGGACUUUGCAGACGCUGUAGUGAUGCCAUCAUACCGCAAUAUCGACCAGCCCCAACACUUCUACGUAGCUGAAAUCCGUUUGGACCUUAACCCAACCAGCCCCUUCCCUUCACCAGAGUUGUACAAAACAUUCAACGAAUACUACACCACCAAGUAUGGCCUGACUAUCACCAACACUGACCAGCCCCUCCUCGACGUGGACCACACGUCUGCUCGCCUCAACCUCCUCACUCCGCGCUACAUGAACCAGAAGGGCGUGGCUCUGCCAACCAGCAGUGCCGAGACCAAGCGUGCUCGGCGGGAGAACCUACAACAGAAGCAGAUCCUAGUCCCUGAGCUGUGUGAUAUACAUGUGUUCCCAGCGUCUCUGUGGCGGAAGGCUGUCUGUCUGCCAGCUGUCCUGUACAGGAUGAACUAUCUUCUCCUGGCGGAGGAGAUUAGGAAACGCAUCGCGAAGGAAACAGGCAUAGGGGUAGUGGAGUUGCCGUGUGACUUUACAUUCCCACAGUUGGAUUUCGGGUUUGAAACAAAUCCUGAAAAGUUGAAAUGUGAUGCCGAGGAGGGGCAGGACAAGGAUGCCAGUGAUGAUGAUAAGCAGAACUCCUUCGAAAGGCAAGAAAGUCCGACGGAGGAUGUACAUUCGUGUGAUUCUAGUCAGAAGUCGGAUGAAAAGGACAAAGUGCCGUCCAGUCCUAGUGAAAGUAGUCCCCCUGCUAUCUCCCAGGAGGACCUGAAGGCAAUAGAGGACAAGGGAGAGAUGUCAUCAGACAGUGAUUCAGGCAUUGCCUCAGCAGGCUCAGAAGUCAGUGUAGCAGACAUUGGAGCUCACUCUAAGUGUGAUACUAAUACUACUGACCUGUCUCCCCAGCCAAACAGCAGCACAUCUGAUGCAGAUUCUAGCACCGCAAGUAUACAGUCCAAGACUGACAAUGUAGAUAGCAGUGUCACACAGGUACAGCCUAAGACAGACUGUGUUGUUUCAAAUACCAGUGCCACAGGCAAACAGCCUACGACAGACUCUGUUGUGUCAGAUGUAGAUACAAGUUCCACAGGUGAACAGCUUAACACUGACUGUGUUGUGCCAGAUACAGGUACCAGUGCCACAGGCAAUCAGCCUACGACGGACUGUUUUGUGUCAGAUACAGAUACCAGUGCCCCAGGCAAACAGCGUACGACAGAUUGUGUUGUGUCAGAUACAGAUACCAGUGCCACAGGCAAACAGCGUAUGACAGACUCUGUUGUGUCAGAUGUAAAUACCAGUUCCACAGGCAAACAGCGUACGGCAGACUGUGUUGUGUCAGAUACGGAUACCAGUGCCACAGGCAAACAGCGUACGACAGACUGUGUUGUUUCAAAUACCAAUGCCACAGGCAAACAGCGUACGACAGACUGUGUUGUGUCGGAUACAGAUACCAGUUCCACAGGCAAACAGCGUACGGCAGACUGUGUUGUGUCAGAUACAGAUACCAGUGCCACAGGCAAACAGCGUAUGACAGACUGUGUUGUGUCAGAUACAGACACCAGUGCCACAGGCAAACAGCGUACGACAGACUGUGUCGUGUCAGAUACAGAUACCAGUGCCACAGGCAAACAGCGUACGACAGACUGUGUUGUGUCAGAUACAGAUACCAGUUCCACAGGCAAACAGCGUACGGCAGACUGUGUUGUGUCAGAUACAGAUACCAGUGCCACAGGCAAACAGCGUACGACAGACUGUGUUGUGUCAGAUACAGAUACCAGUUCCACAGGCAAACAGCGUACAACAGACUGUGUUGUGUCAGAUACAGAUACCAGUUCCACAGGCAAACAGCCUACGACAGAUUGUGUUGUGUCAGAUACAGAUACCAGUGCCACAGGCAAACAGCGUAUGACAGACUCUGUUGUGUCAGAUGUAAAUACCAGUUCCACAGGCAAACAGCGUACGGCAGACUGUGUUGUGUCAGAUACGGAUACCAGUGCCACAGGCAAACAGCGUACGACAGACUGUGUUGUGUCAGAUACAGAUACCAGUUCCACAGGCAAACAGCGUACGACAGACUGUGUUGUGUCGGAUACAGAUACCAGUUCCACAGGCAAACAGCGUACAACAGACUGUGUUGUGUCAGAUACAGAUACCAGUUCCACAGGCAAACAGCGUACGACAGACUGUGUUGUGUCAGAUACAGAUACCAGUUCCACAGGCAAACAGCCUACGACAGACUGUGUUGUGUCAGAUACAGAUACCAGUUCCACAGGCAAACAGCGUACAACAGACUGUGUUGUGUCAGAUACAGAUACCAGUGCCACAGGCAAACAGCGUACGACAGACUGUGUUGUGUCAGAUACAGAUACCAGUUCCACAGGCAAACAGCGUACGGCAGACUGUGUUGUGUCAGAUACGGAUACCAGUGCCACAGGCAAACAGCCUACGACAGACUGUGUUGUGUCAGAUACAGAUACCAGUUCCACAGGCAAACAGCGUACGACAGAUUGUGUUGUGUCAGAUACAGAUACCAGUUCCACAGGCAAACAUCGUACAACAGACUGUGUUGUGUCAGAUACAGAUACCAGUGCCACAGGCAAACAGCGUACGACAGACUGUGUUGUGUCAGAUACAGAUACCAGUUCCACAGGCAAACAUCGUACAACAGACUGUGUUGUGUCGGAUACAGAUACCAGUGCCACAGGCAAACAGCGUACAACAGACUGUGUUGUGUCAGAUGUAAAUACCAGUUCCACAGGCAAACAGCGUACGGCAGACUGUGUUGUGUCAGAUACAGAUACCAGUUCCACAGGCAAACAUCGUACAACAGACUGUGUUGUGUCGGAUACAGAUACCAGUGCCACAGGCAAACAGCCUACGACAGACUGUGUUGUGUCAGAUACAGAUACCAGUUCCACAGGCAAACAGCGUACGACAGACUGUGUUGUGUCAGAUACAGAUACCAGUUCCACAGGCAAACAACCUACGACAGACUGUGUUGUGUCAGAUACAGAUACCAGUUCCACAGGCAAACAGCGUACGGCAGACUGUGUUGUGUCAGAUACAGAUACCAGUUCCACAGGCAAACAACCUACGACAGACUGUGUUGUGUCAGAUACAGAUACCAGUUCCACAGGCAAACAACCUACGACAGACUGUGUUGUGUCAGAUACAGAUACCAGUUCCACAGGCAAACAGCGUACGGCAGACUGUGUUGUAUCAGAUACAGAUACCAGUGCCACAGGCAAACAGCUUACGACAGACUGUGUUGUGUCAGAUACAGAUACCAGUGCCACAGGCAAACAGCGUACGACAGACUGUGUUGUGUCAGAUACAGAUACCAGUGCCACAGGCAAACAGCGUACGACAGACUGUGUUGUGUCAGAUACAGACACCAGUGCCACAAAUAUGCAGAAGAAUUUUAUCACAUCUGCAGCAGACACAAAAACCACUGCAACCGCUAGUACCACAAACAUGGAGUCUCAGACCGACUGUAUAGUGCCAGAUAAGGAAACCAGAACAGGUCCCAAACCUAAGAAUGACAGUAAAAGGUCCCAAUCAGAAGCCAGUUACACUGGUACACAAUCACCUCAGACAGAUUUUCCUGUAGCUGAUACAGAAACUACUACCAAGUGUUUAAGAUUCCUAAAUAAACCCAUAAUUGGUACACAACCCCAGACAGAUUGUGUCAUCCCUGGUACAGAAUCCAGUAUCACUGGUGCACAACAUCCAACAGAUUGUAUCGUAUCUGAUACAGAAACCCGUGUGUCUGGUACGCAAGCCAAUACAGACUGCACCGUGCCUGAUACAGAACCGAGUGUUGUCAGUAAACAUCAACAUGAACAUUGCAGCAAGUCAUUUGCAAAACACUGUGACGUUCAAACCAAAACUUUUACAGAUGAUACUCCUUUAGUCACAGCCAAUGUGAUAGAAGUUUUAGAUAGAGACGCAAAAUAUGACAAUGUGUUAGAAACAAACUCUAUGCAGGUUAAGAACAGAAAUGAUUCUUUAUGCCAUAAUGCCAGAAAUGCAUGUGAAAACUUUGUGGAGCAAUCAGAAACUGCAGAUUCUGAAGGGAACGAUACUCAAUGGUGCUCAACUGAAGUUAGCAAUGCAACUGUCUGCAGUAACGCACAGUCCACAGGUGCCACUCCGGAGUCAGGUGACCCUGCAGGACCUCCAGCCUGCCCAGAUCAUGACUCGGUGCUCAACACUUCACCUAGUACAGCACACACUGGAACAAACAUAACACACAAUCAAACUAGUCACUCAUCAGAAAGGUGCUCAUCAUUAACCCAUGCUCAUUCCAAUAUGGUAAUCUCAGAACCUCUCAAAGAAGAUGUCCAAGCUGAUCCUCCGAUGUCAGACGUGCCAGACUCAUCCCUUUUGGUGGACCAAUUUCAGUAUGCAUCCACUGCAACCGAGGAUGACUCGUCAUCCAGUGUCUGUGGUGCACUGUCUGGUGUAACAGUUCCUAAUGCGAUGGAUUCAUGCCAACUCAUGAUCUCAGAAACAGAACAAUCUAGUACAAAGGAUGAUUCAGAAAACCCUGCUCAAAUUAGGCUUGAUGAUCAAAGAAAGGACAGUGUGGAGGCUGACUUCCCGACUGCUCAAUACUCCGAUGCAAUCAAAGAGUCCUCAGUGUCAAAAAGUGACCUUCUUACUGAACCAGGUGCCGAAACAGUGUUCAAUGCAAAUCCUGUGUGUGAUUCUUCAGACCAGAUGAAAGACAGCCCAGCCUCGGGGUGGGAUGAUGAACCUAUGUCACAGUUGACCACGAUAGGGGGUCCUCCAAUUAGGCAGAAACAGGAAGGGGCUGAAAGUAACUGCUGUGAUACGGACAACGCUGAGUCCUAUGGUAACGAUGCUGAUGCUGACUUCGGUGUCUGGUCCUUCCCAGGUUGUGGAGAGCCUUGUCCUGACAGUGAUGCUUCCUCAUCCACAACAUCAGAAGAGGUGGAACUGGAAGUGACAUCUCAACCUAACAUCUGCCUGGAUGAGGACAGAGAUCUCAGUACUUUUGUGGGACCAAGCCCCUGCCUCAUUUUACAGGCGUUAACAAUGUCCAAUGCUAAUGACUUUUUCAGUUUGGAAAGAUUAGAGACUAUUGGUGACUCCUUUCUCAAGUAUGCCAUCACCGUGUACCUCUACUGCUCAUACCCAGGCAUUCACGAAGGGAAGCUGAGUUACCUCAGGAGCAAGCAAGUCAGUAAUUACAACCUGUAUAGACUCGGUAGGAAGCGACGUUUAGCUGAGUGCAUGGUGUCAGCCAAGUUUGAGCCCUAUGAGAACUGGCUGCCCCCGGGGUACAUCAUCAACGAGAACAGGAGGAGGGGCCCGGUGCCUAGAGUCGUCAUUGCCAACUCGGGCAAGAAAACGUCAAGCAGUAAUGCCAAAAAGUCUGAAACUGAUUCCACAGUGGCCAAAUUAUUCGAGGACAAGAAGGAAACAGGUGGUAGUAAAAAGACAGAAGUGUGCGAUGUGAUAAGUGACAAAGAGAAAUCGGAUAGUAAAGUUGAAUCUGAGGAGUCAGAAGGAAACAUGACAGAGAAACAUGCAGCCGGAAGUGAAACUGAGGACGUUCAUGGUGGUAAUGUUGAAUCUGAAGGAAGUGUGACCCAGAAACUUGAAACUAAAGACAUGCAUAGUGUUGAUAUCAAAUCUGAAGCCAAUGUGACCCAGAAACUGGAAACUGAAGACAUGCAUAGUGUUGAUGUGAAAUCAGAAGGAAAGGUGACCCCAAAACUUGAAACUGAAAACAUGCAUAGUGUUGAUAUCAAAUCUGAAGCCAAUGUGACCCAGAAACUUGAAACUGAAGACAUGCAUAGUGUUGAUGUGAAAUCAGAAGGAAAGGUGACCCCAAAACUUGAAACUGAAAACAUGCAUAGUGUUGAUAUCAAAUCUGAAGCCAAUGUGACCCAGAAACUGGAAACUGAAGACAUGCAUAGUGUUGAUGUGAAAUCAGAAGGAAAGGUGACCCAGACUCUUGAAGCCGAGGAGAAGCAUCUCAUUAAUGAGGAUUGUGAAGAAAAAAUGCCAGAGAAACAUGAAUCUGACAAGCACAGCACUGAUCUGGAUUCCAAAGAAAGUGGAACUGAGGAAACAGAAACUGAAAACAAGCAUAGCAUUGAUGCUAGUUGUGAAGAAGGCAUAUCUGAGGAUGCUGGUAGUGAUACUGAAUCCACUGUUGUGGACGUAGAUGAUGGUCUUGAGAACAUACCUGUGCUCUCUGACAGUGAUGCUAGUCACGCAUCAGCAGCUACAGAACAAAUGACAGCUGUGUCCACCAAUGACAGUGGUGAGGGGACAGUAGAACAAAGUGGAGGUGUGCCACCGAUGAGUGAUGUAGAACGCCAGAAGUUUGACCAGGAGCUUGAAGAGAUUGACUUGAUCCAAGAGGCUGACAAGAUAGAGGAUCUGACUGACGACACGCUGGCUUUAGUGCCCUACAGUCUACAGACGCAGCACGGGAUCCCAGACAAGAGUGUGGCCGACAGUGUGGAGGCUCUGAUUGGCUGCUAUCUGACCACAUGUGGGAAGAAGGCAGCGCUGAUGUUCAUGUCAUGGCUGGGGCUGAAGGUGUUGCCGAGGAAGGACCACCGAGUGGGUGCGGUUCGCAGGAAGGAGGGGCAGCAGCGGUUGACAACUUUAUCUCUCCACCAGGUGAGUGAGUACGAGUUUAAGGAGCUUCAGUGUCCCCCGUCGCCGCUGUUCCUGGCAGGGCACCACCACGCCAACAACAUGCUGCUCCAUCUCCUGGACGGCUACAACGUCUUUGAGGAGAAGAUUGGCUACACCUUCCAGGACCGGUCCUACCUGCUGCAGGCCUUCACACACGCCUCCUACCAUUACAACUCCAUCACUGACUGCUAUCAGAGGCUGGAGUUCCUGGGGGAUGCCAUCCUGGACUAUGUGAUCACCCGCCAUCUGUACGAGGACUCACAGAAGUAUUCCCCGGGCAUCCUGACAGACCUGAGGUCCGCCCUCGUCAACAACAACAUCUUUGCAGCUCUGGCAGUGAAGUGGGACUUCCACAAGUACUUCAAGGCCAUUUCUCCAGCACUGUUCCACGUCAUCGAGAAGUUUGUCGCGAGACAGAAGGACAAGGAGGAUGAGAUUGAUAUUGAGGAUGAGUUCCAGAUGUUGGAGGAUGGGGACGAGGACAGUGAGCAGGUGGAGGAGGUGGAGCUGGAGAUACCCAAAGCUCUGGGAGACAUCUUCGAGUCUGUUGCUGGCGCCAUCUACCUGGACAGCGGCAUGUCCCUGGACACUGUGUGGAGGGUGUAUUACCGCAUCAUGCGGCCACAGAUAGAAAAGUAUCUGAAGAGCAUCCCCAAGUCUCCUGUGAGGGAGCUAUUGGAGCUGGAACCAGAGACAGCCAAGUUCGAGAAACCAGAACGCACAAUGGAAGGGAAGAUCCGAGUGACAGUGAAUGUGGUGGGCAAGGGAGUCUUCAGUGGUAUUGGUCGCAACUACAGAAUCGCAAAGAGUGCUGCUGCCAAGAAAGCUUUGAGAAUCAUCCGCUCUAUGCAAAUGGGGGUGCUUGACUGACAAGCAAGUGCUCAGCAAGUCUGCCUUGACCUGUGACCUCUUCAUGCCAUACCUCAGUCCGGACUGUAGUCCCAGCAAACUGACCAUGCCUUCCAGUCUUCUGUCCACUGACUGACCAGGCCUGGGAGUUUUCUAUUCUAGGUCCCUGAUGAGACAGGGCACCUUUUGACCUUGACCUUCAUGUAGUACAGACACUAGUUUAAGGCACUUGAAAAUAUUUGUUUAUGUUUUAUUUAUAAGAACAAUGGUACAGAAAGUUGAAAUUGUAAAUAAUCAGAAUUUAGAUAUGAGAUUAAGGUAUAAGAUAUAUCACAUAUAUGUAUAUGUUAUUAUAACCUAUUUGUGUUGUAAUAAUAGAUUCAGGGGUGUCGGAAAGUAAAAUUAAUCAUACACACUACUGUUCAAAACAAAUGUCUCCCCUAUCACAUCUUUGGCUCAUUUGAUUUCAGGGGAUGUUUAUUUUGGAAAGUAGUGUAGCUCUAGUCAAGUUUCUUGAAACUGGAUGUGCUGCAGUGUUUCCAGUCAUUCAGGAUAGUGUUGCGUGUUAGUUUUACCCCGUACCCUGUCGCUGACUAAUAGUGCAUUCAGAACAUUUAUUUAUGUUUAAUUUAUUUUUGUGUCCUUAAAGUGAGACAAAAGUUGAACAUGUUUGUGUUCAAACCACCAGUCAUGAUAGUACAGGACUUAGAGCUGUUAGCCUGCAACAAUAUACUUUGUCACGAUAUGUUUCUCGAUAGUCACGAUAUGUUUCUCGAUAGUCACAAUAUGUUUCUCGAUAGUCUCAAAAGUCAUGAUAUGUUUCUCGAUAGUCACGAUAUGUUUCUCGAUAGUCACGAUAUGUUUCUCGAUAGUCAUGAUAUGUUUCUCGAUAGUCAUGAUAUGUUUCUCGAAAGUCAUGAUAUGUUUCUCGAUAGUCACGAUAUGUUUCUCGAUAGUCACGAUAUGUUUCUCGAUAUUCAUGAUAUGUUUCUCGAUAGUCUUGAUACGUUUCUUGACAGACAUAUUUUUCUUGAUAGUCAUAGUAAAGGUUUCUCUAUAGUCAUGUCAUGCCAUUCUCGGUAGUCAUGAUUUGUUUAAAAAAAAUAAUAGUCUAGGUUCUCAGGCACCACCCACAUCAUCAUGAGAUCUUCUGCAUGUUUCGUUUUUAUUUCCAUUUUAAAAAAAAUAUAAAAUAUCUUUAAAUAUUCCGCUUCUCAAACAUAUGACCCCGGCAGUUAAAUGCUCAAAAGCUUAAAAACAACAAGAUUUCCCCGAAAUUAAUGUAAAAAGGUUUUGGUUACAUAAUAGCUGGAACAACAAAAUAAAUACCACUGCCUGCCGGCACAAAAAAUUCAAAAGCCAUUGCCUGAGAACCAAUUCUAUUAUCUUUUUAAGCCUUAUAGUCACGAUGCAUUUCUCAAUAGUCAUGAUGCGUUUCUCAGUAGUCACGAUUCGUUUCUCAAUAGUCACGAUGCGUUUCUUAGUAGUCACGAUGCGUUUCUCAAUAGUCACGAUGCGUUUCUCAAUAGUCACGAUUCGUUUCUCAGUAGUCACGAUUCGUUUCUCAAUAGUCACGAUGCGUUUCUUAGUAAUCACGAUGCGUUUCUCAAUAGUCACGAUGCGUUUCUCAAUAGUCACGAUUCGUUUCUCAGUAGUCACGAUUCGUUUCUCAAUAGUCACGAUGCGUUUCUUAGUAAUCACGAUGCGUUUCUCAAUAGUCACGAUGCAUCAUUCCAUACGUACAACCUCAUGGCAUUUUAAGUUUUCUUUUAUUGAAGAGAAUGACCAGAGACAACCAAAUUAUUUUUUGGGACAGGUUUAGCAAUGUUUUUAUCAUAUUCACUGGCUUCUGACCUCUUGUACAUACCACCUGGAGAUAGUAUUUUACACUUCAUCUUCAUAUGUAAAACAUCAUACCUUCAUUUGUACUGUAUAGAUGCAUGUAUCGUGACACAGCAAUCUUAACAAAGUGUAUCAUGGCACAGUGGAUCUUAGUAACAUAAAUCGUGAUACAGAUAUGGACAAAGCGUAUCGUGAUACAGCGCAUUUUAACAAAGUGUAUCAUGGCACAGUGGAUCUUAGUAACAUAAAUCGUGAUACAGAUAUGGACAAAGCGUAUCGUGGCACAGUGGAUCUUAGCAAAGUGUAUCAUGGCACAGUGGAUCUUAGUAACAUAAAUCGUGAUACAGAUCUUGACUAAGUGUAUCGUGGCACAGUGGAUCUUAGCAAAGUGUAUCAUGAAACAGCUGAUCUUAGCAAAGUAUAUCAUGGCACAGCAGAUCUUGACAAAAUGUAUCAUGAUACAGAUCUUAGCAAAGUGUAUCGCGGCACAGCAGAUCUUAGCAAAGCGUAUCGUGACAGUGUGUAUCAUGCCAAAGCAUAAUGUGGCAAAGUGUAUUGUGGCACAGCAGAUCUUGGCAAAGCGUAUCGUGGCAUAGGGUAUUGUGAUGUAUCAUUAAUUUCAGUAUGUCCAUCACAGCCCUGUUGGCGAUAUACUCUUGAGAAUAACGACAUACUCCUGUAGUUCUGUAAGUCGUGUACAUUAAAAUGUAAUAUCUUCUCCCACUUUUUGUCUGUUUGGAUGUAAAGGGUCAUGUUUUGUGAAAUGUACUCGCUUGAAACAUCCGAGACAUCAUCUGAUUGCUGAAGCCUGAGUCAUUCCAUUAUGCAGUAAAUCUAAUGUAGGUAUAUUUUGUGUUGUGAUUUCAAGUGAUGCUAAUGAUUAGUGCUGAGUAAUGGAUUCGGGUUCCGUGUUUUUGACAUUCCUAUGAAAUUAAUAAAGCCUCAUUUCAGCUGAUUGUUGAAGUGAAUGUUUUUUAUAAAUCACUAUUUUCUAAGAUUUGAAACUAUCAGAUAGUUUUAGUAAAUAUACAUAUAUAUAUGUGCUCGUUAAUCUGCCAUUAUCAUAUACACUAAGUAUGUAUUAAUCAUGCUUGUUAUGCAAAGACUUAUAAAAUUAACCAUAUUUCUUCCUAUUUUGAAAACAUCAAAACAGUUUUUGCAAUGUGAGAUAGACUUUUUUCUUAAUAGAUUCUGGGGCUUUUUUAUGAAUCAGUUUGUUUGCAGAAUAAGUUUGGCUAAUAAAUUGGCUAAAGCUUGUGGUCAAAAUGAAAAUAAAAUUUUGAUGAUGUCUCUGAAGGGUAAUGUCAGAAGGCAAGAAAACAACUAAAUUGGUUUUUUUAAAAUGUCAGUUCAAAGGGUUCCUUCCCUUCCAUUAUUCUCUAACCUCAUUCAAUACUUUCAUACCCUGACAGACUCAAACAAACGCAGUCAAACUCAAAAUGUUAGUUAUAUUCAACCCUUUUGGAAUUUUUGUCCUAUGGAUCUUAAUCCAAAUAAUUGCUAAAUACAUCAUCUGAGCCUUGUUCUACUUAAUUCAGAGGUAUCUACUGGGCACUGUUUCACAAAGAGAUCUUAGGGCUAAGAUGACUUAACUUAAUACUUUAACACAGAUGACAGUCGUAGUGCUAUGAGGGCUUUGUGGAACAGGGCCCUGUUCUAUAAAAAAAGCUUAGUACUCUGACUCUCAUAGGUCAAUGUUAAAGUAUGGGAGUUACAAUCAUCUUCGUGCUAAGAUCGCUUUGUUGAAUGGGGUCAAAACUUGUAUCCAAUUCAGUGCAUCUUGUAUCUACUGGAACUCAAUGUCUAGUUCACAGCAACAAGGAACAAGAUACUCUCUAUAUAGCCAUCUUGUUAGUUAUAUACAAAAGAGCAUAAUGGUGCUUUCUGCACGGUUUCUUGCUGAUAUACAAACUGUAUGCAAACAUUGGACACACACUGAAUCUGUUGUGUGUAGAUUGGAUGAGGCCACAACAGGUUGAUUACUUGUUUGUUAAUGUCACGAUACAAGAGCACAUGACACUGCAUUGUGAGUUCAUAUACUGAGAUGAAAGGGUAAAAGUGCACUAUGAUUCACAGAUAAUUUAAGGUAUGACCAUGAGAUAUUUCUUCUGUAUUGUCCAUUGUACAUUGUCCAUUGUCCCCGCUGUAUUCCAAGAUUCCGUGGUCGCGGAAUAUUUUGCAAAAAUGCCCACUCGGUUCAAAAAUGUAUGUUUCUUGCAGAGAAUCAUGUUUUGUGCAGAACUUGUUCAGAAUUUAUCUGCCGAGGAACUUUGUCAAGGAACGCUUGUUUCAAACGUGUAAUGAAUAUUUAUUUUGUUUUGACGUGAAGUUGGCUUUUGUAUCACUGGUUACUGAAAGUACAUGUCUGUAUGUUUACCUUAGUGAUCUCCAGAUUCGCUUCAAUAAGCUAUUCUAGCCGUGGAUUAGAUUAUAAAACCAUGCCUGUCACAAGUCAAACAGAUGCAAAAAUAUGAAAUUAACGGAAACUAAGAAAAAAUACAGAAUUACCAAAAUGUGAUUGCGGGAAUUAAAAAAUUGACCGCCGAAAUUGUCUUUUCUUUUGGCCACAGAAUGCAGUGGGGACUGAUUGUAACAAUUCUGGUGAUGGCUUGAAUGUAUCACUCGGUGAAUUCUUGCAUUUCUGUGUUUUCAUAACCACCAGAUUGAAACACCAUCUCAGACACAUAGAAACAUCUUCUUUGAGUUAUCAGUGGCUGUUGAAAGUGUGUCAAAAGUAAUAGUGUGUUCAAUUUUCAUUCAGUUGCUGAUAAUUCACGAUUUUUUCAAAUCAAAUAUUUUAUAUCAAAUAUAUUUCAAAUAUUUUUCUGGUUAUUUAAAAAAAAAAAAUCUAACAAACAAUUGAUCAGUUUAUUGUGGCCUCAACUUGUAUAAUGUUCUCAUAAUUUGUUUAAGUGAUAUGACUAUGUUGAUUGUAGGUCAAGGUCAUUUAUACCAUGUUCACUUUCACAAGUGCUGUUAUCAUGUCUACAUAGUCAUUGUUGAAUCUUGUCAUGUGUUUUGUAUAGCUAACUUAUACUAUUUUAUGUACAAUUUAUCUACAAAUAGCGCUUACGAUUAAAGGUAGGAGUCGUCGUUUAUGGAUAGUGUGCUGUUUUUGUGAGUUUUUGAAAUGGCAUGCGUGGUCCUUCGUUGGUAAAGUUGCAAUAGUCUCGUCUUUCAUCCCACUUGGUCAAUGGCAUCGCAUUGGUUGGAAACCUAACAUUGGCUACGUAUUUAACAAAUAUAGAAUAUCUGAAUGAAAUAUAACUAUUUUCCAUUAUAUAUCAUUUUUUCAUUGAGAACAUUUUCACACUUUUAAAUGUUUUAUGAAUAUCUUACUGAUAUUGUCAAUCAUGAUUUGCUUGUAAUGUCGAUCAUCAUAUCAGUCAUGUCAAUUGUGAAUGAUUCAGCUCACUUUGCUUGACAUUUUCUCAAUCAAGAGUGGAAGCUGUUAACAAAGCAUCAAAUAUUGAAAUAUUUCAAAUGAAAAUUAGAAAAUGUUUAUUUUGCACUUGCUCAGCCUAUAUACAAUGUUGAUGUGGCUCCUAUAUGCAGGCUUGACAUGGCUCCCAUAUACAGGCUUGACAUGGCUCCUAUAUACAGGCUUGACAUGACUCCCAAAUACAGGCUUGACAUGGCUCCUAUAUACAGGCUUGACAUGGCUCCUAUGUACAGGCUUGACAUGGCUCCUAUGUACAGGCUUGACAUGGCUCCUAUGUACAGGCUUGACAUGGCUCCUAUAUAUACAGGUUUGACAUGGCUCCUACAUACAGGCUUGACAUGGCUCCUAUGUACAGGCUUGACAUGGCUCCUAUAUAUACAGGUUUGACAUGGCUCUAUGUACAGGCUUGACAUGGCUCUAUGUACAGGCUUGACAUGGCUCCUAUGUACAGGCUUGACAUGGCUCCUAUGUACAGGCUUGACAUGGCUCCUAUAUAUACAGGUUUGACAUGGCUCCUACAUACAGGCUUGACAUGGCUCCUAUGUACAGGCUUAACAUGGCUCCUAUAUACAGGCUUGACAUGGCUCCUAUGUACAGGCUUGACAUGGCUCCUAUGUACAGGCUUGACAUGGCUCCUAUGUACAGGCUUGACAUGGCUCCUAUAUAUACAGGUUUGACAUGGCUCUAUAUACAGGUUUGACAUGGCUCCUAUAUACAGGCUUGACAUGGCUCCUAUGUACAGGCUUGACAUGGCUCCUAUGUACAGGCUUGACAUGGCUCCUAUAUAUACAGGUUUGACAUGGCUCCUAUAUACAGGCUUGACAUGGCUCCUAUAUACAGGCUUGACAUGGCUCCUAUAUACAGGCUUGACAUGGCUCCCAUAUACAGGCUUGACAUGGCUCCUAUAUACAGGCUUGACAUGGCUCCUAUGUACAGGCUUGACAUGGCUCCUAUGUACAGGCUUGACAUGGCUCUAUGUACAGGCUUGACAUGGCUCCUAUGUACAGGCUUGACAUGGCUCUAUGUACAGGCUUUACAUGGCUCCUAUGUACAGGCUUGACAUGGCUCCUAUAUAUACAGGUUUGACAUGGCUCCUAUGUACAGGCUUGACAUGGCUUCUAUGUACAGGCUUGACAUGGCUCCCAUGUACAGGCUUGACAUGGCUCCUAUAUAUACAGGUUUGACAUGGCUCCUAUGUACAGGCUUGACAUGGCUCCUAUGUACAGGCUUGACAUGGCUCCCAUGUACAGGCUUGACAUGGCUCCUACAUACAGGCUUGACAUGGCUCCUAUGUACAGGCUUGACAUGGCUCCUAUGUACAGGCUUGACAUGGCUCCUAUAUACAGGCUUGACAUGGCUCCUAUAUACAGGCUUGACAUGGCUCCUAUGUACAGGCUUGACAUGGCUCCUAUGUACAGGUUUGACAUGGCUCCUAUGUACAGGCUUGACAUGGCUCCUAUGUACAGGCUUGACAUGGCUCCUAUGUACAGGCUUGACAUGGCUCCUAUGUACAGGCUUGACAUGGCUCCUAUGUACAGGCUUGACAUGGCUCCUAUGUACAGGUUUGACAUGGCUCCUAUGUACAGGCUUGACAUGGCUCCUAUGUACAGGCUUGACAUGGCUCCUAUAUAUACAGGCUUGACAUGGCUCCUAUAUAUACAGGCUUGACAUGGCUCUAUGUACAGGCUUGACAUGGCUCCUAUAUACAGGCUUGACAUGGCUCCUAUGUACAGGCUUGACAUGGCUCCUAUGUACAGGCUUGACAUGGCUCCUAUGUACAGGCUUGACAUGGCUCCUAUAUAUACAGGUUUGACAUGGCUCCUAUAUAUACAGGUUUGACAUGGCUCCUAUAUACAGGCUUGACAUGGCUCCUAUGUACAGGCUUGACAUGGCUCCUAUAUACAGGCUUGACAUGGCUCCUAUGUACAGGCUUGACAUGGCUCCUAUAUAUACAGGUUUGACAUGGCUCCUAUGUACAGGCUUGACAUGGCUCCUAUAUACAGGUUUGACAUGGCUCCUAUGUACAGGCUUGACAUGGCUCCUAUAUACAGGCUUGACAUGGCUCCUAUGUACAGGCUUGACAUGGCUCCUAUGUACAGGCUUGACAUGGCUCCUAUAUACAGGCUUGACAUGGCUCCUAUAUACAGGCUUGACAUGGCUCCUAUGUACAGGCUUGACAUGGCUCCUAUGUACAGGCUUGACAUGGCUCCCAUAUACAGGCUUGACAUGGCUCCUAUAUACAGGCUUGACAUGACUCCCAAAUACAGGCUUGACAUGGCUCCUAUAUACAGGCUUGACAUGGCUCCUAUGUACAGGCUUGACAUGGCUCCUAUGUACAGGCUUGACAUGGCUCCUAUGUACAGGCUUGACAUGGCUCCUAUAUACAGGUUUGACAUGGCUCCUAUGUACAGGCUUGACAUGGCUCCUAUGUAUAGGCUUGACAUGGCUCCUAUGUACAGGCUUGACAUGGCUCCUAUGUACAGGCUUGACAUGGCUCCCAUAUACAGGCUUGACAUGGCUCCUAUGUACAGGCUUGACAUGGCUCCUAUGUACAGGCUUGACAUGGCUCCUAUAUACAGGUUUGACAUGGCUCUAUGUACAGGCUUGACAUGGCUCCUUUAUACAGGCUUAACAUGGCUCCUAUGUACAGGCUUGACAUGGCUCCUAUGUACAGGCUUGACAUGGCUCCUAUAUAUACAGGUUUGACAUGGCUCCUAUAUACAGGCUUAACAUGGCUCUAUGUACAGGCUUGACAUGGCUCCUAUAUACAGGCUUGACAUGGCUCUAUAUACAGGCUUGACAUGGCUCCCAUAUACAGGCUUGACAUGGCUCCUAUAUACAGGCUUGACAUGGCUCUAUGUACAGGCUUUACAUGGCUCCUAUGUACAGGCUUGACAUGGCUCCUAUGUACAGGCUUGACAUGGCUCCUAUAUACAGGCUUGACAUGGCUCCUAUGUACAGGCUUGACAUGGCUCCUAUAUAUACAGGCUUGACAUGGCUCCUAUGUACAGGUUUGACAUGGCUCCUAUAUAUACAGGUUUGACAUGGCUCCUAUGUACAGGCUUAACAUGGCUCCUAUAUACAGGCUUGACAUGGCUCCUAUAUAUACAGGUUUGACAUGGCUCCUAUGUACAGGCUUGACAUGGCUCCUAUAUAUACAGGUUUGACAUGGCUCCUAUGUACAGGCUUGACAUGGCUCCUUUAUACAGGCUUGACAUGGCUCUAUGUACAGGCUUGACAUGGCUCCCAUAUACAGGUUUGACAUGGCUCCUAUAUACAGGCUUGACAUGGCUCCUAUGUACAGGCUUGACAUGGCUCCUAUAUACAGGCUUAACAUGGCUCUAUGUACAGGCUUGACAUGGCUCCUAUAUACAGGCUUGACAUGGCUCCUAUAUACAGGCUUGACAUGGCUCCUAUGUACAGGCUUGACAUGGCUCCAAUGUACAGGCUUGACAUGGCUCUAUAUACAGGCUUGACAUGGCUCCUAUAUACAGGCUUAACAUGGCUCUAUGUAUAGGCUUGACAUGGCUCCUAUAUACAGGCUUGACAUGGCUCUAGGUACAGGCUUGACAUGGCUCCUACAUACAGGUUUGACAUGGCUCUAGGUACAGGCUUGACAUGGCUCCUAUAUACAGGCUUGACAUGGCUCCAAGAAUUUUUCAUAUUGAACUGUUUAUUAGUCUGUACAGAUUAUUGUCUCCACCGUGACAAAACACGAGGUUACAUUAUGACCAAGUAUGUCCCAUGACAUUUGUAAUUAGUCGUUUGUUAUGUAACGUUGAUAUAUGAUACAGUUUGUUUAGUCUGAUGGUGUCUAUGGUUUAGCCUAGCUGUUGCAAGCAUGCUAAUGUUAUCUGUUUUCCCCUUUCCCUCCCGUCUAAUAACUCUGUUUUGGAGACACAGCUAACCUAAGGCAGCAUGACUGGAAGUACAAUGAAUGCAGGACGUUGCCUGCGAAUGUUUGGGGCCAGACUUGGUAGAAAGUGUGGUUUGUGACGCCAGGGUUGGGAGGGUAUGAGAUGUUUCACAUUACAGAUCUCUGUGGGGACUUGAUGCAGGAUCUUCUGGCAUGGUCUCCAGGAUCUUCUGGCAUGGUCUCCAGGAUUAACGUUGUCUGCUGUGUUUUCCCUUCACUUCACUACUGACGUAUAUGGGGAGUCCUCUUCAUGACCAACCAGCCUGUGAACAAUAUUGGGGUAAACCCAAGGCAAAGAUAUUUUUGCAAGUGUUUUCUGGAUAAAAUUAUUCUUUUGUAAAAAAUUCUUGGCCAUGCUUGGUGACUAUCCUCCCACAUUAAACUGACGUGCGAUGAUAACCUUCUAAACAACGUACAUCCCUGCUAUGAAAUCAGAAGGAUAAAAGUAUCUAUUGUUAUAACAAUCAGCAGAACCAGAGCUCUUAAUAUUGGUAUUGAUAUAAGUAUGUGAUAAUGGUUAUGGAUCCUAUUGUAAGAUGAGUAGGGCAAUGAAUAUCCCUUUUGUUGACACAGGAUUUUGUGUGUGUGUGGGGUGUGUGUGUGUCUUAUAACCAUACACAACAAGUCAGAUAUUAUUUCAGAGAUCGAUGGAAGGAACUUAGUGCAAACAUUGCGAGAAACUAAAGCUUUUUCGAUAAUAAUUACGAGGCAAUUAUAUCCCCCCUUCUUAACUGCUGAUUUUUUCUGUAGAAAAUGUUUAAUAUGCACAGGAAAAUAUGGACUACCCUGUACAUAUUAUAUAGGCCACUUAAAAUGAUUACUUACAGAUUGGUCUAGAAGUUGGUCAGUAGGCUUUUUUUUAGCAGGGCACUGCGACAUAAACUAAAAACAUCUUCCCCAGAUUUCGUCUGAUUUGCCACAUACAAAUUAUUUUAGUCGAAACCCCGGACUGAUUAUUGCAAUGAAAUUGAAGAAUAUCUUAAGCAUUUCGAUAAACAGUGCAGUAUGUGCUGUGAUUGAAUUCUACUCACACAAUACUCUCAUUCAUCCAUUCAUUUCUUCAUUCCUUCCUAAUUGGCCCGUUACCCACCUCAGGAGCUGGCCCAUUGACAAGACCUGUAUGCAAGACGAUGAGGGACAGUAACAUGGCAAAGUCCCUGUACCCCCAACACCCUUGUCCCGGUGCUCACCUUACCUCAUAAUGCUGAAAUUGGAUGAAAUAUUGUUGGAAGUUAUUAAUGAACUUGGAGACAUUUCACAGUGCUGGACCUGGAUAUGAGGUGCAUGCACUUCAGAGGCCAGUCACUCACUACUGUUGGCAGCUUGCCUACCUCACUCCCUUCCAGAGCCUCACUGGCGUACAAGCAGUGGUUACCUAGACAGUUGUAUAAUAAAUAAACAUUAUUACUGUACUGAAAAUCAUUGAACAAACAAACACCUGGUUUAAAUGUGAGAGUGAAAAAAAUUAUUACAUUUUUACCCCCUUUUAAAACUUCUCGUUUAAGAACAUGCGAAAGGUAUUGUUUCAAGGGGGGUAUAUUUUCAAUAGUUGUAUCCCAAAAUGUGAACAUUUGUGUUCACUUGAAGUUUUUGAAACAUCGAGUAGAACCAUUUGAAACAAUAUUGAAAAAGCUUGUUGCAAAUGCCUCUAUGCAAUAGAUAUAUCCCAGCCUUAAUAAAUAACACUAGGUCCAAGGGACUUCCCAAAUUAAUAUAAGCCUGGCACUUUUUAAAGGGUUUACGGUAUAACGCCAUCUGGAAUUUGUUCUGAGUCAGCAUAAUUGAUUUCUAGUUUGACACAGUUGUACAUUGUUACUAUUUUGCAACAUGUCAUCAGUUUGAACAUAUGGCACCGUCACCAUGGUUACACAAAUUAUAUUUAUGUUUAAUGAACAUUAUGCAUUUAUUACUGGAGGUGCUUUUUAUGACAGUGUAUGUUACAUUGUCACGGUUAAAAUGUUCUUAUUUAGGACAGAAGUGAUGAUUUUGGUGCAUAUUAAAUACCACACUGUUUUACUCCCAGUCCAGCUUGUCUCAUAAUUGUAACACUAAGCACAGGCCCUAGAAUUAACUGAAAGGAAUAAUUUGGAUCUGUGUACAAUUCAUGCAUAAAUACUACUCCAGCUUGAUGCGUCGUCUUAAAAGUCUACACAAUAUAAAUAUGGACAUUCCGUAAGCUCUAAAAUAUUGGAAAAUGACUAUUUGUUUAUCAGUGUCCGAAAAAUCACACAAGGAGGUUCUCAUAAAACCUGACAAGCCUAUGUAGAAUGUCACAAACAUGGACAACUGUAGGGGGGGGCACCAAACCUGUCAGCCAAAUGACAGCUUCCUGAAGUUUAAGUCCUUUGCAAAGACUGUGUAGGAGAAACAAAGAAGCUUAAGCUGUACUUACAAUGUCAUGUCUACCAAUAUAAAAGACUGGGAUGUGUCCUAAAAGAUGUGGAUGUCGUUUGUCAAAUUUGCACAAAUAGACCAAUUUACUGCAAUCUCAUUUAAAUCAGAUCUUACUUCUCGCUAUCACUAAACAAAGAUCUCAGGACAUCCACAUGUCACGUCAGAACGACCUUUCAUUUGACCGAUCAAAGUGUCGCUUACCAGAUCAUGAAAGCGACAGUCGGAAUGUGUUUUUUAAUCAUGCAACCUCAAAAACAUUAACACGGGGUAUCCUGAACGACAGUUAUGGCCAUACGACUGAUUCCGUCAAGAUUAUCGUCUAUCGCUCUCUCUUCCGUGGGAUAAACAUUUGAACGGAGGAGGUGUUGCACAGUAUGUGGGAAGCACUGCUAUACAAUCUCAACCAUAUAUUAGACAUUCCGGAAUGUUUUUUCAGUUUUCAAAAUUUAAUCGAGAACUGUGUCAAUAAAUUUACAAGAGUAGUCUGAAAUUGAAGUUGCCAGGUUGAAACAAGUGCCGUAAAGCUCGAGAAAGCUGCUUUCUAAUUGGCUGAUGUUAACUUCUUGUUAGUCAUUUCAGUGGUCGGUCAAAGUUCGCGAAAGGUUGUUCUGACAUGACCCGUAAUGGGAUGUCCUCAGAUCUUUGUUUAGCAGCGGCUAUAACUUGGAUCAGAUUUUAAUGAGUUUGAAUUUACUGAAAGCUACAACACUGUUGGAUGAUCCAUGUUUUCUGAGUGUCUUGUUUUGCUGUAACAGAUGUAGAUAAUAAUAGGACAGUGUGCGAACCUCGAUGAAUAGUUCAGUGAUUUGAUCUUUUGAUAAGUAACAUUCACAUUUCUGUCUGUUUUGACAUAUCAUAGAUUUGUUUGUUGAUAGGUCUGAAUGUGUUGUACUUUCUGGGACUGACAGCAUGAAGUGUGUUCUUCUCCUGGCACCACUGGACUCUGUGAAUGAAGUCCGUCCUGUCAAUGUUGCAGAUUUGUUUCCCUUAUUCAGUAAAACAACAAAGCACCCACUACCUUGGAAGUUUUACGUUGGACAUUUUCUUUAUUAUUUGCUUAUUCAAUGUGUGCCAAUACAAAUUCUGCCUACAUGCCAAAACUGUCUUUCAGUAGGUUUUUACAAUUGAAUUUGUUCUGAAACACAUGGCUCUUCUUUGCUAGUCUUCCCAGUUCUUAUAUGUUUGCUUCUUUAGGUAAGGACCCAGAACUUUGUACUUAAUUUGUCAGUACUUACUACAGCUUCGCUAUGAGGCAGUCAGUAAUCCUGUGUUUAAUCUUGGCAUAGUUGGAGCUUACUUAACCACAGACAGAUCAUUGGACAUGGGUUCUUGUGUUAUCUAUUUGAUGGUGAGAAAAGAGUUUGAAAGUGAAAUGUUUGAUUCCUUAAAAGGAAUGUUCCAUUAGAAAACUGAGGUGGUUGGUUCAAUAUGUAGGAUUUGUUUGAAUUUUUGUGAACACUGUUACUGUAGCCUUCUUGGUCAAACAAGACCGCCCCCGGGGUGUACUGGAUACAGCGUCUGCCCAGAGAGUGGAAGGUCAGGGGUUCAAUACCCGGCUGCGUGAUUCCAAUUGAUGUUAAAAGAUGGUUCUUGUUGUUACCCAGCCUGGCACUUGGCAUUAAGGAGUAAAAACAAGGAGUGGUCGCCUUGGAGGCAGUAUACUGUGUCUAAGUGGAGCAUUCCUGUUAAGCUGUGGCAUGGUAUCUGGGCUGGCACUAUAGAAUAUUGAACAAAACCCUCCAAAUCACCCACAGUUUUAAUGAAUAGUUUAUUCACUAUGGAUGACUGAUCCAAAUUAAUCUAAUGGCGACAGUUUUGCUGUGUGUGGAACAUGUCCAGGUGGGAUCUGGUCCCAACUAUGCUGCUGCUGCUGUUGUUGCUUGCGGAGGCAGGCCAUGUAGUGUACUACACAAUUGUUGAUGGGCCAAUAUGGCUGAGCAUAAAGGGGACCUAAUGUCAUCACUUGUUUGAUCAGGACAUUCAUUUUAUGCAAAUAAUGCAAAACUCGGAUAUCUAAUGCAGGACGAAGUGAGAAUUGAAUGUUUUCCGCCCACAUAUGUAAAUGAAGCCUUCCUCAUGUUUAGUAUUAUCGUAUUUCAUUCUAUUUAAGGGGCAAACCAUUUGCGUGGUUAGAUAUCAAUAUUUUUAAUGAAAUAAUCAGGAUUUGCAAACUUUUUGAUGACUACGGAAAUUUGUAUUUUGAUCAAGAGAUUUAUGGGAUCUGUUGUCCUUUUAUUAUAUCCAAAGUGUUUCCCAGACGACCUGAUGCAAUAGUCUUCAUUACCUCAGAUUACUUGUUACAGUAUUAGUCUCAUAAUAUCCUCAAACAGGUGUAACAUUGGCUUGAAGUUCUCUUUGAAAUAUUGGGUUGCACUGGUAGUCCAGUUGACUAAGAUGCCACAAUUCGCUAUCCAGAAUUAUGUCAUUUUAGUCAAUAAUUGUUAAUAAUGAUCCUUGGGUUUGUCAACACCAUACUCGUAUUUGAUUAUCCAGCUAUUGUUUUCAUUCUGUUACGAUAUAUAGCCUGGACUUGUUUGCCACUAAAGUUUAGUUUCAGAAGUGGCCACAUCAUCUCCAUCACUAACAGCACAGAUUAUUUUCUAGCUCACUAACAACAAUUAUGAUAUCUUUUCUGAAUGAGUGUUUAGCAUAGAUCUUCCUCCUGAAUUCAGGCCUCAUCAGAUGAAGCCCUUCAUAGACAGAUGCUAUGGUUGCAGAUGUAACAGAACAGAUUUUCACUGGAUGAUGAACGAUCAUAAUUUCACGAAAGGGGUAAAUGUCUCAAGCUUGUAUCACUUUGGACUUCCACAUUGAGCGGACACUCAGCAAUAUUACUGAAAUGUGUUGCAUGUUAAGUACACCCAUUGUAUCCUUGCUUGAAACCCAACUCACUUUUUGGUAAGAUAAAUACUCCUUUCAGAAUGAGUAAUUUUCAGCAACCUACCGGUUAAUGUUGAAAGUAUCUGGUGAGCUAAAUUUUUAGCUCACCUAUUUGGCAUUGUCCAUCGUCCAUCUAUCGUUAACCCUAACACUUUUAACAUCUCUGAAACUACAAGGCCUAUGGAACUGAAUGCAGUCAUGUACCUAGAGAUAAAUUGCAUUGGGUCUCAUGAUUUUAUCAACUUUCUUCUAUGUCAUUACUAAAUUUGAAAGAAAACUUUAGGACAUGAUGAAUAACAAUCAGUCAAUGUCCUGGAAAAAUCAACCGAUUUGAAAUGCAGGAAAUAUAUACUAUGGAAUAACAGACGAUUGUGGGCAUCGUUUGAUAUUUGAUCAAACUCAGAGCCUUGACCUUCACAUACACCUGCAUUUCUACUGUUUGACAUUUUCUCUGAAACUCUAUGGCCUAAGCUGCUGAAACUUCGUUGUUUGAAGGGGGCACGGGUGACCCAAUCGUCUGAGGCGCCGCAAUUUGCUGUGCAGAGUUGCGUCCCUUGGGCACACCAGAAACCUAUGAUUGUGGGUUCGAAUCCCGGGUUUGCCCCGAUUAUGUUUCUAGGUUUGUCAGCACCAUACCCGUGCUCGUGGGUUUCACCAAAGUGAUAAACGUCUGAGACCUGCAUCACUUCGGGCUUUCCUCCCACAUAAAGUGGACACGCCGUGAUAUAACUGUAAUACUAUUAAAAGCGGCGUUAUACCCAACUCACUCACUCACUCACUCACUCAUUGUUUGAAUGAUCCCUGCUAGAAAUUGCACACAGAAUUCCAACCCGACUUGAGACAUUAUUUCUUCAGAAUGUAGGUGAGCUACAAAGCCUUGUGGCUCUAGUUUGUAUUCAGGUUAGGUGCAAUACAGAUUAUGCCAUCUCUUGUCAUGUGAUCCAAGGAUGGGUGAAGUUAAGCAAGAUAUCACAUAGCCACAUCUUCUCCUUCAAGCCAGAGCCCUAUUAUGAAGACAACCAUUGUCUCUGCAGAAACACCUAACUGAGCCUAGCUGGCAGUACUGUCUUCUGAUGCUGAUGUAGGUGUUCAUAUGUUUUGUGGUUAAGCCAGGUUCUGAGCAAGCUCGACUUAUACUGUUUGUGUAUUAUAAACUGUCCAAGAUUGAUGCAGAAGUAUAAUAAACUCUUAUACCUCAUCCUGA